ACAAAUUUAAACGAAGUACCAGGUUAGAUUUAAAGUCGAUUUAAAUCUUGAAGAGGCGGAAUGUGACCUAAUCACUGAUCUUAGAUGAUGUAAAUAAUGCUGGUUCACCAUGUGUUUCCCAGCAUGCGGGUCUUUGUAGCAGGAUGUUUUUAAAGCUUAAUGUUUUGGAACCUUGACCACCGGAGUUGAGCUUGUUAGCAAAGUUCAGCUGAGCUCCAGGAGUCAGGAUCUGCCAUGAAGUCAUGAAGGAGUUUUUGCGGAAGAUACACAGCAUCUUUUUGCAGGUCGCUCUGUUUCCGAGCAGAUUUGGUAAAACAGGUCCACGGCCAGCAGCUUCAGAGGUUUUGACCUGCCACCUGCAGCAGCGGAGGCUCCCACCCUGGACUUCAUUCUGCGUGCGCUACAGCUCCAUCCACAACGACCAGUUUGGCCUGUCCAACUUCAACUGGAGAGUUCAGGGAUCCAAUUACCAUAUAUUGCGAACCGGCUGCUUCCCUUUUGUGAAAUAUCAUUGCACCAAAGCACCUCCACAGAACCUGGACUUUGAAGACAGGUUUUUUACUAUGCUGAAAGUUAUUAAUCUAGGUAUCCCUUGUUUGGCCUAUGGCAUUGGCUGCUGGAUGGUGGUAGGAGCUGCAGAAACAGUGCUGACGAGUGUUGGACCUGUCACUGUCUAUUUUGCCUACAAAGAAGAAGAAGGUGCACAGUACUGAAAGUGGAGGCUGCUUUACUGUUAAAAACACUAGUGUCUACCAGACUGCUGGAUUUACUCCUCCUGGUAAUGUCCCGCUGUACCUGGAAGUGACAUCGCUCUGUCUGACACUGGUGGUCUUGUCUGACUGCACAUGUUGUUUUAUGGUAAAUUAUUAAAUAUUUAAUGAUAAACUGAAGGAGUAAUAAAUUCAAUUACACAUCAUACAUAUAUGUGUCAGGUAACUGGAAAUUUGUUGUCAAAAUAAAAUAUUAGUGUAGUAGCUCAAGGUAUAUAAAAUAAAUGAGAUGACUAUUAAUUGUU